AUGCAGCAAGUACCUUGGGAGUAUCAGCUGGCCGUGGCUGAUUACUGGAAGGGGAGGCCGGCGGCCAUGGAGCCAGCAGCUACUGCAUGGGUUCCCGGCCUCCCUUUGGAGCUGACAGUCGCUGCUCCUGCUGCUAGCCACGGUGAUCUGGCCGUCAGCUCCAGCGGACAGCAGCACCAGCACCAGCUGGUCAUGGUGGAGAGCACCACCGACCAUCACCAUCAGUACGAGUGGAGCGGUCCGGUGGAGGCGUUCGAGGAAGCAGCGCAGGCGUUCGAGGACAAGCUCGGCAGGACGGAGACGAAGAUCCACCUGUUCCCGGCGAGCAUGGUGGACCUCGCCGAGCGGUACGCCGCGUCCAGGACCGUCUCCAUCGGCCCCUACCACCACGGCCGGAGCCCCGCCGUCCUGCAGAUGGAGAGCACCAAGCACGUGGCCUCCUGGCACUUCGUCAGGGCCUCCGGCCGCCCCGUCGAGGAGCUGUACUCCGCGGUCUGCGCCGUCGCCGACGAGGCCCGCGGCUGCUACGACGAGGGCAGGGUGCGUGGUCUCGCUGACGACGACUUCAAGCCCAUGAUGUUCUUCGACGGCUGCUUCCUGCUGCAGUACCUGCUGUACGCGUGCACGUACGGCGACGACAACGACGACGACGAGGGGAUGGCAGUAGACCAGGCGCUGAGGAGCGCCUUCAGCUCCGACAACGACCGCAUCUUCUCCGACGUGGUGCUGCUCGAGAACCAGCUCCCGUGGGUGGUGGUCGAGACGCUCAUGAGCUUCUUGCCCGCGCCCGGUCUGGACCUGCCGAAGCUCGUCGGACGCGUGAAAGGCUCCCUGCAGGCCCGGCAGGCCCUCGACGAGAAACCGCCCGCGUGGGACAGCAGCUACACGCCGCCGCACCUCCUCGGCCUCCUGCGGUACUACAUCGUCGGAACCGGCACCAAGCUCUCGCCCGAGUCCUCCCGCGGCCUAUCCGAGAAGGCCGAGAAGGUGUCCAUCUCCGUGAGCGCCGUGGAGCUCGCGGAGAUGGGCAUCCAGCUGACGGCCACCAAGACGGGGGCGGAGCUGAAGGAGAUGGGCGUCAAGAAGGGGCUCCUCUCCGGCGAGCUCUUCCUGGCGCCGCUGUCCCUGGACGACGCGAACGCUUGGUUCCUCGUCAACAUGGCGGCGCUGGAGCUGUGCACGACGCCGGACUUCUCCGAGGCCGACGACGAGCGGUCCACCGUGUGCUCGUACCUCUGCCUGCUGGGCAUGGUGACGGACCGCGUGGAGGACGUGCAGCAGCUGCGCACGAAUCACAUCUUGCAGGGGGGAGCGGGGCUGACCAACGAGGACGCGCUCCGCCUCUUCAUCAGCCUCGAGAAGCACCUGCGCCCCGGGAGAUGCUACCUCCGCACCAUGCUGGAAAUCGAGAACUACAGGGUCCAUAGGCCGGCGAGGACUAUGGUGUACAGGUUUGGCUACAAGAACAUGAAGACUAUCAUCAGCGUGGUGACCAUCGUCGGCGCACUCGUCGGUUUGCUCGAGGCAGUCAAGCCGGAGGGUGUAGCCGGAGGGUGA